AUGUGUUCCUAUCCUGUCAUUGUUGGCUGUCGGCGCCAUUCACCAGAUGUUGGUCAGCCAUCGACUGCGCAUGCUGUUGCGCCAAUCGUCGAAAGCGGCGAUGCUCGAGUCGUUCAUGACUUCUGCGUAUUAGAUGGAUUCGGCGCUGAUGCUAUUUGCCCGUAUAUGGUUUUCGACGGAUUCCGUCAGGCUGUUGAGCGCGGUAUCUUCAAGGUGAUGGCAAAGAUGGGCAUCUCGACCCUGCAUUCGUAUAAGGUGACCGGCGCCAUUAUUACC